CCACCAUGACCCUCUCCGUAUCAACCCCCUUCUGGGGGGCCCCGACCUCAUACCUGAACUUUUGCGAGGAGGAUUACGUGAUCACUCGAUAUGUUGCGGAGUUUAUCAACACUCUGAGCAGCUUUACGUACAUCAUCUACGGAAUCUACGGCCUGAUCCAGCUCCACCAGAAGAAGCAAACCGGAUCCCGCUCGAUUCCGUACUGCGGACUGAUCGGGGUGGGUAUUUGCUCGGGCGGCUAUCAUAUGACCCUCAAAUACCACACCCAGAUGUCGGAUGAACUGUCCAUGCAUCUCCUGACAACCCCUCUCCUCUACCGAAUCCUGACCUUCCAAGCCAGUCCGCAAUUCACCAAAAUUGCCCGGAUUGUGCUCUCCCUCCUCUUCACCAUCGUGAUGGUCGUCCACAUGGUCAUGGACGAGUUCCUUCUCCACGCCGUCAGCUUCGGGACGGCCGUGUUGUUGAUCACGAUCCGCACCCUCAAGAUCAUUCCCGGGCAAAUCUCAGAUGUCUCCACCCGGAAAACGAUCCAAAAUGUGGCAUCCUUUGGCGUUGCGAGUUUCGUCUUCGGCUACCUCGUCUGGCUGAUCGAUGAGCUGGCGUGUCGGGUGUUGCUCAGCACCAGAGAAGUUGUCGGCUUGCCGCUGGCUUUCUUUCUUGAAUUGCAUGGAUGGUGGCAUGUCUUCACGGCCAUUGGCGGGUACAUUGCUGUGGCGAUUAUCGACUUGAUUACCUCGGGUGAAGUCCAGGCGGACUCCGUGGAGCACCUGGCGUGGCCUCUUCCCAUCGUGGCGCGUUUUAUGGCGCCAGGGGCGGAAGCAAGCAAGGAAAAGUAAAUAAUUGCAUUGUAUUGCCGUUGUGUGAGUUGACGGGUAAAGAGUGAAAGAGAC